UUCUUUAGUCACGUACAAGACACGCAUGAGUCGAGCAACAGUUCAGCUGUCAGGGAACUGUUCAGUCAACAAACCUACCAUACAGCUGAAUACACCCAUUUAACUCCAUAUUUUACUUCAUUUAUCACAUCUCCUGCAUUUCCAACUUGUUCUCCUUUCAGGCAUGGAACAAGCAAAGCAGGAGGCCUUCGAUCAAGCCAGACUGCAGGUGAUCAAGGAUGGGUACGAGAAGGCAUUUGAAUGCAUCAAUGAAGGUCUCACCGAGGACGAGGCAGGGCACAGGGCGGAGGCACUCAAUCUGUAUCGACAAGGACGACAGCAUCUCCUUAGGGCCCUUAGUGUGCCCUCGCAAGGCGACGAGUGCGUUGGCCCCUCCUGGGAAGUGGCAAGGCAGAUGCAGCGCAAGAUGCAGGAGACCAUCGGCAACAUAACCACUCGUAUAGCCAUGCUGGAGACCACCUCAGACACCUUGGAGGGCAAUAGCAUGGCCCCUCAAAAGCUCUACCCUGAUGUCCCAAAAGCCAUACCAGAGAGGCCGACUCCGCCACGGGUGCUUGUUGCUGGGGCUGCAGAUGGGCCUCCGGCUGGGGUGCAGGGGCCUCCCCAAAAAUCCCCCACAACUCGACACAAUAUCUUAUGCGAUCAGCCACCUGUGUACACGCCUCAAGCUGCUGAUGGUCACCUGACCAUUUCUUAUGGCACUGACUCAGGAGAGCUCUCCCUUGUUGGCAAUGAGUUUUACAGCCAUACAUCUAAUUCUACACCUUCUCCUCAGAGCCUGGGGGAGGAUGGAGAGGAGCUCUUUUUCCUCCCUCAAGGAGUGCAGAUCUUCUUCGUAACCCCAGACGGCCAAGUUAGUGCGCCCUCUUACCCAGGGUACCUACGCAUCGUAAAGUUCACAAAUGAGCACUCGGAAAGGAUGCCAAACAGACCACCUGCCUUCCUACAGGUUUGUGACUGGCUUUACCCCUUGAUGGCCACUGACUCCCCGGUUCUGCUUUGCAACACGGGGGUCUACAUGUUCCCAGACAUGAUGGCUCCCACCCCGGGCUCCUACGUUGGGGUGGUCCUUUCUUCUGAGCUUCCUCAAAGAGAAAGAGAGACCUUCCAAAACCUUCUCUCACAGAUGACUGACCUGCGUGUUCAGGUGAGCUGCCCCAGUCCCACCUCAAAAACAGAGGGGUCAGCUGCAGCUUCUGAGCAGGCAACAGAUGGUGCAACAGAUACCAUUAACCUGGGCAAGAAGGUGCCAAUGGGGCCUCCUGCAGCUGAAGCAGCACCCCCUGCUGCCGAGGAGGAAAAGGUACUUCCUGAAUGGAGCGAGAAGGUGGCCCAGGGGAUCCUGACAGGGGCUUCAUGGCUGAGCUGGGGUCUGGUGAAGGGGGCGGAGUAUACAGGGAAAGCCAUCCAUAAAGGAGCAACCAAACUACGAGAGCACAUCACCCCAGAGGACAAACCAGCCCAUGUCAGCCCAACUGUAACCAAAAGCCUCCAUGUAGCCAAACAGGCCACAGGUGGAGCUGUGAAAGUCAGCCAGUUCCUUGUGGAUGGAUUGUGCACUGUCGCUGGCCAUGUUGGCCGAGAGUUGGCACCCCAUGUAAAGAAACAUGGAGGAAAGCUUAUUCCAGAGUCUCUGAAGAAAGACAAGGACGGGCGCUCCAAUAUUGAUGGUGCCAUGGUGGUUGCAGCCAGUGGAGUUCAAGGAUUUGCAACAAUGUGGACGGGCUUGGAAGUUUCAGCAAAGAACAUCGCAAAGAGUGUUGCGACAGAGACUGUUACCACUGUGAAACACAAAUUUAGGGGUCUAGAGAACAUUUCAGACCCCCCAAAUGAGAAAAAGUAUGGGGCUGAAGCGGGCCGGGCCACAGACCACGCUGUCAACUCGGCCAUCAAUGUGGGUGUCACUGCCUUCAAUAUCGACAACCUUGGGAUCAAGGCAGUGGUGAAGAAGACUGGAAAAGAGACCGCCCAUGCCAUUCUGGCAGACUAUAAAGUCCAUGAGCCGAACAGUCAAGUUGAAAAACAUAAAGACCAAAAAUAGAGUUCAGAUUGUUCAGACUUUUGUUUCAGGUGUCUAUUUUCAAGAGCAAACCAAAGUGUAUGCUAUCAAGAGAUUGAUUUUUGGAGUAGUCCUUUUGAUGUUGGUACCACCGAACUCCAAAGACCCUGAUGAGACUACUACAGUAACUACAGUUAACUGUGUUAGCAGUAGCACAGCCAUGACAUCUCUGCACUGCAUACUACUGACUCUAUAUCACAGGGUAAAUAAUAAAUGCACUUUAAAACAAGUUGACUGACAGUCCUACAUGCUGAAUGGUAUUUCUGAUCUUGCCUUACACUUCACCAGCAAAGUGAAAUGUAAGUAUCUCCAAAAAGCCAAUGAUUUAUUGGGAUCCACAUUUAGUUGGGUCAUAUUAAAACCUCUAUAAGUGUGCAUGGUUUGUUUCAAAAUGAACACCUUAAACAGAGUGCAAGCCAAAGGUAUACUUGUUCUGUUUUCCCAUAGAGCCUUAAUAAAUAUAAUAUUCUUGUGUUUUAAUAUAAAUAUACAUAUAUUAAAGCUGUUUAUAAUAUCUAUAUUAGAAUGCUUUAUGGUAUAUGUUUUGUUUCUGGGUAUUUUCUUUUAUUUUGCAAUGUUUGCAAAUGACUACAUAAGUAAUUAGAGAUAUAAAAUGGCCUUGACUGUGUCAUAACAUUCACAUUUCACUGUAAUCAUUAACAUGCCCUAAACUUUAAGAAUUAUUUCUUGUACUUGGUUUCAUGGAUACUUGUAGCUCGUACAUCGUAUAUGCAAUAUACUGUACCUCUCAUUUGAAUGUGCUGACACUGUGAAUUAUAAGUAUCAACAGUUUAACCAAAAGUCAGUUUGAUUUAUGACAAAGAAAAGCCUAUGGAUAUCUGACAUGAUAAAUUAAACAUUUUAAACUUA